AUUUCUUUCGCUUUUUUACACUUUUUUUUUUCAUAAUAAUGGCAUCCGAAAGAGCUACGUUGGUUUUAGGUGGUGCAGCACUCGGUGCUGUCUCCUUUGCAGCAUAUCAAAAAUUUACUCAGAAGCCAACCAGACCUUUAGCACCUGCUGUUGUUCAACCUCCUAGAACCCCUCAACUUCCUCAGCAACCCAGUAACACUUUGAACACUGUCGAAAAGGCCAGAGAGAUCUUACCUUUUGGUUUUCCUGGACCCGUUAAUGAUUUGGUUUACAGAAAUGCUUACAUUACUUCGUACAAUCGCCGAGAUCGUAAUCCUAACUGGGUCGCUGAACACUUAACAGUUGCCAAACUUAAGCGUGGCGACGACGUCGAUCGUCAAAAGUCUACCUUUAAAGAAGACGAUUCCAUUCCUCUUCAAUUUAGAGCAAAGCUUAAUGAUUAUUUUAGAAGUGGUUUUGAUAGAGGACAUAUGGUUCCUGCAGCCGACGUCAAGAAUAGUCAGCAAAACAUGAAUGAAACUUUUUACUUGACAAACAUUUCUCCCCAGGUCGGCGAAGGAUUUAACAGAAAUUACUGGGCACAUCUGGAAAACUUCUGUAGAGAACUUACCAAAUCUUUUGCUGAUGUGUAUGUAUUCACCGGACCUUUAUACUUGCCACAUCAAGAAGCCGACGGUAAAUUCUACGUCAAGUACCAAAUGAUUGGUAACCCUCCUAAUGUCGCUGUUCCUACACAUUUCUACAAGGUUAUUAUGACUCACCAAAAUGGCAAAUACAGUGUUGGAGCAUUUGUUUUACCUAAUCAACCCAUCUCCGAUAAUACACCACUUACUGCUUUUAAGGUUCCUUUGGAUGCUGUUGAGAGAGGUACAGGUCUUGUGUUCUUUGAUAGAAUGGGAGAAGCAAAGGCUGGCUUAGGCGAUCUCUGUAGAGACAUCGAGUGUAAACUUGUGAUUAGAACAUUUAAUGACGCAAAGAAGAAGGCAUUGCCCUCUGCUUAAAAAAACUAUUUAGAAACACAAUUGUAAUUUUAUUAAAAACAACGGAAUUUACUUUUUUU